GCAAUAUUGUUGAGAGUUACUUCCAUUUGGUUGUUGUGGCGAUUAUAUAUUUGAUAUUGAAAAUGGGAUAAAAUAGAUCAAUCUGUUUUACACAGAUAUUGCGAAUAUUCACUGCUGAUCGGUGCGAAAAUAGACCUUCAAUUGUGUCCUAAUAUAAUUGUAAAUUAAAAUCACUAACUGAAUACUAGAAUUAUUUUGUCAAAUUGAUAAACAAUGGCCGAUGAUGAAGAUGAUUAUAUGUCAGAUGCUAUACUGAAACAGUGUGAUGAUAAGGCUGAUAAAGAUAUUCGUUUAUUACCAGCAAAGAUCACUCGGCAGUACAAACAAGAAAAGAAACAAAAGGAAUUAAAACAGAAAAACUUUAUGAAACCUAAAAAAGUUAUAGAGCAAGAAAAAAGAGAUGAAGGGUUGUCAAAAUCAUCGUUAACAAGUGAUAAUAAAGGGUUUAGUUUGUUACAGAAAAUGGGGUUCAAACCAGGAAUGGUCUUAGGAAAACAUGGAACUGGCAGAGCAGAACCAGUUCAAAUCAAUCUAAAAUUGGGCAGAGGAGGACUUGGUCAAGAAGCAGAAAAGAAACGAAAGCAGAAUGAAAAAGUUGCUCGCUGGACAGAAAUGAACAUAAAGCGCAAGAAAAUGGAGAGCAAGAAUCAAGAAAAUUUUAAGAAACAGAUGAAAGACAAGUUCGUCAACACGGAGGCUGAGAGAGAUUUGAGAAAAAGUCAGAAAGUUUGUGAGCAGCUUGAUUCAGAAAAGGGGAUACCAGAACCAAGUGAAUUAUUUUUCUGGCCAAAAGAAAUUUUAGAAGAGAGAAAGAAAAAGGAAAGGAAAGCUAUGGAAAUUGAAGAAGGUUAUAGUUUUGAGUUAGAAGAUGAACUUGAUGAAGAUGAUGACAAGGAUGAUGAUGAAGAUGGUGAUGAUGAUGAUGAAGAUGAUCAAAGCGGUUUAUCAGCCAGUGAAAAAUUAGAAGUUUUAACAGUUUAUUUAAGAAAUAACCAUCUUUAUUGUGUAUGGUGUGGUACGAGAUAUGAUGAUAAAAAUGAUAUGAAAUCCAACUGUCCAGGAAAUACUGCCGAGGAUCAUGAUUGAUGAGACAAUGUUUAUAAAUUAUUAAAUGUUUUGUACAGGGUGUGCACACACUCAGAUCACUUAAAUUCCAGGAGUUUUCCAGGAAUUAUUUAUCAGAUUCUAGGAGUGUCUGUAUAGAAUUCUACAUCAUAAUGUAUUUUUACGCUUGAAGAACAUUUACAGCGACAAACAUCUAAACUUUUGAAGAAACAUUCGAUGACUACGUUCAGUUUUAUAUCUUAAAAUAUAUAGCGAAACCACAAAAGUUAAUUUUCCAGGAGUUCAAGGAGUAAUCUUGUUUUUCCAGGAGUUACAAGGAGUAAUCAUGUUUUUCCAGGAGUUACAAGGAGUAAUCUUGUUUUUCUAGUAUUGGAAAUUACAUUUUCAUGUUACCAGGAUUUUCAAGGAGUUGCAAGGUGCGAGCGAUCCUCGUUAUACUGAGCUGACAAAUAUUACAAAUUAAUGUGGUAUUGUGGCACAUAAAUGAUGGUGGAUAUCGUCAGAUUUGUGGACAUGAAAUAAAAAUUACGACUCGUACAGGAAUAACCUGUCUGCAUCUGUCAUAAUCUUUUAUUCUUGAAGCAAUGGCAAUGAGCAAUACAAGCUUUUUUCACUAUAGACAAAUUUAGAUAGAAAUGACUAAAUAAUGGACAUUAGUUACCGAGUGGGAGCCACAGUGGCUCAGUGAGUAAGAAAUUGGCUCGCUAACCUUGAGAUCCCCCGUCUUCCGUCCCUGUGUUGGCCGAGAAAGUACAUUGGGUUCUUCCAGCGUGGUUCCGCCUUGUCAGUGUUGCAGGACAAAGGGCCUGGCAAGGGACAGUGUGUAUAAUUGUUCGGAUGGGACGAAAAAUCAAGGUCAUGUACACAUUAGCGUGCAAGUUGAAAAAGUAGGCUGUAGUGCCGCUGUACGAGCAAAAUUAGCCCAGUCGGAGCAGAACAGUAGGACAUAAAACCCCAUUUCAAUCUGAGUCUUAGUUGCAGAGAAAUUUAACUUUUUAUGCAUCCACAUAAUGUGGACGUAUAUUGCCGUUGCCCCUGUCUGUGUGUCGUCUACAGGCCGCAAUUCUUAAGUGAUUGUCUUGAAACUUUACAUACCUAAGGAUGAUCCCUAUUGUUUUUAGUGCAUGCCCGACCCCAAAGGGCAGAGCAAUGCUCAAUUUUUGUGUUUAUCGUAUACAAGCCCCAAUUCUGAAUGAAUCAGCUUGGUACUUGGCAUAUGUAUUCCUUAUAGCCUAUGGGCGGCAACUAUGGAUUUUGGUGCAUGCCCUGACCCCCAAGGGAAGGGCCACACUCAAUUUUUGUAUUUUUUAUCUACAGGCUAGAAUUCUAAAUGGAUCAGCGUGGAAUUUGGCAUAUUUAUUCCUUAUACCGUAAAGACAGCAACUAUUUAUUUUGGUGCAUGCCCCGACCUCCUGGGGCAGUGUCAUGCCUACUUUUUUGUUAGUAUUUUGUCUGUAAAUUUGGCAAAACAAACCCGACGUCUAGCCUUCUUUGCCUCUUGUCAUAUUUCAGCCAUUUCAUAUUUCAUUCUGUUCAUUUUAAAAAAGUACCAUAUCAAUCAAAGCUGGAAUGUGGACGUAUAUUGCAGCAUUAGAGAUGCUCUUGUUAAUAUUUACAUUGGACUGAAACCAGGAAAAGAUGACUAGGGUAACCUGUAAUACAUGUACCCAUCCUACCUGAUGAAUUUAGGAAGAGAUGACUACGGUAACCUGUAAUUUAUGUACCCAUCCUACCUGAUGAAUUUAGGAAUAGUAAAAAAAGCCUUUCACAAUUCAACCAAUUUAGUUAUUUUUAAAAUCAUUUUAUUUUAUCUACAUGUAUGUACAAUACAAAAAAUGUAUAAUAAAUAUUUGUUGAUUUAA